AUGUCCACAAGACAUAAGCCUCGCUGCAAAGACCGUCGAGCAAUUGAACAAAACAUGCUAGGUCGACCCUCGGCACUUUUUACAGAGACAUGGUUUGAAUCUGCAGAAGACAAAUCUGCCUGGGAAUAUUACGUAAGCCUCGUUUCAUCCAAUGUGCCCGCUGUAGAUGGCCCGGACAACCCCUACCGGCAGGUCUCUAUCCCAGCUCUAUCCUCACCAAUUCUUCUCGAGACGAUUGUCUGCAUAUCGACAGAACAUAUGCUCAACUUCGGAUUAACCAGCAUUGAUCUCGCAGCCAAGCGCCAGCAACGAAUGCUCAGAACGCUUGGAAAGAAUUUGCUCAGUAUCGAUGCCAGGGCCGCCUGCGACUCAAGUGCAAUUGUAGCCAGCAAUAAGCACGAGCGAGAAGCGCUGCUCACAGCCGUCGUUCUUCAGGGGAUAGUCGUUGCACAAACAGCAGACGGCGUACUGGAGCCCCACGUGAAAUGCGCAUCCUGGCUUAUGCAAGCACUAGGCUACUUCGACGAAAUACCCCAGAAUCCCAUCGCACGCAUGACAGUACAGCGCUUCGGCAUGGUCGAUGUAAUGCUAGCCAUCUCCCGACAGCGAAGACCCUACGCCCCGCAAAGAUUCAUACUCUACCAGCCCGACCAGAGUCGCUGGGACACCACCGAGCCCUCAUUCCACAAGAUGACUGGAUGCCCACAGCCCCUGAUGUGCUUCCUAGUUCGAAUAGCGCAUCUAGCCUGCGACGUGAGCGACGGGCUCGAAACACACCCCGACAAAGGCGUUCUCCACGAAGCCUUCCAACUCGACAACGAGCUUCGCGCUUGGGGAUGCGGAUACCGGGGAAUCCCCCCGGCGCGGUGUGAGCGUACGCCCCUGGAUAUCCUCACCGAGUGCUUUUACUGGACAGCGCAUUUGCUGCUUGCGCGUCGGGUUUUUCGAGAUCAGACGUGCUCGCCGCGCGUGCAGCAUUUGGUACAUGUAUGCUUUGGGUUGAUGGAUCAUCUGUCGACGGGGUGUGGGCCUGAUUCGUCGUUGCCCCAGCCGUUCUACAUUGCCGCGAGGGAGGCUGUAUCCCCUGAGGAUCGGAUGUGGGUUCGGCAGAAGCAUGAGUCUAUGACGGCUUACUAUCGAGAACAGCAGCGGAACUCGGCAAUGGAGCUUAUUGAGCAGAUCUGGGAAACUACGGAUAGACUGCGUGAGUUGGGUAAUGACUCCGGUUGGCCAAGGGGGAUUGAAUUGUCAAUUGUGGAUAGCUAUGUGCAAGCGCUUGAUCGAGGGGCUUGUUUCUUCAUCUUCUAA